GAUUUCUAAGAUUUUGGUUUCAUUCUAUGAUGUUCAGCAUGUUCAGCCGUCUUUGAUACCAAUACAACAGCUAAAUGGACGAUGAUUAUUGGUGUUACGAUAACAUUGUACUAAUUCCCUCAAUAGCUGCUCUUGUUACAAUCAUUGUAAUAGGCGCAAUUGGCAACAUUUGCGCUUGUCUCGUGAUUGUUAGAACAAAAUCCCUGCACACACACGCCAACUACUGCUUGCUGGGUCUUGCUUGUUCGGAUAUGCUCCUCCUUUUUCUAGCUUGCCCAAUGCAAAUGUAUUACUUUAUCAGCUGCCACGCCACUAACAACUUUGUCUGCAUGUUAUACUACUACAUAAGAGAGGCAUGUGGCUUUACUUCAAUAUAUACUAUCUGCGCCUUUACAGCGGAGCGGUGGUUGGCUGUACGCCAUCCUUUACGAAUGAAUGUAAAAUUGAGGAAUUUUUGUAUUACAUUAGCAUCAGUUGGCAUCCUCGCACUGUCAGUCGUCGCUGGUUUGAGGACUCAUGACCUAUGGGUUGAAAAAGGAAAUACGACGGAAACUAACAAAUGUGCGCUAUAUAACUCUGAAGUUGUUAAAUACACACAGCUUAUAAUAUUCGUUUUCUCCUACAUAAUUCCCGUGGCAAUGAUUGCAACAAUGUGUGUUCAAAUUGCGGCUUAUGCGCACUCAACAUUUCGCAUUGCACGGACAAAAUGCUCGAGAAGAACUUCCAACAAGAUGAACAAACUGCUUGCUGCUAUAGUAGCGUCUUUCUUGGUUUGCUGGUCACCUCAACAGAUAGCUCAUUUAAUUCUACUCUUUUAUUUUGUGGAAAUCGAGAAGUCUAUAUUGGAUCCCAUUAUAACCAUAUCAGCAUGUUGUUUCUACCUGAACUGUGCCUUAAACCCUAUCCUGUACAACAUGUUUUCCAAUAACUUCCGGAGAGCGUUCCUGCAUAUGAUCAGCGGUGGAAGACCAACUGCAACUGCGAAGACAACUUGUUCUGCCUCUGUUGAAAGUGAUAAAACUUCAGCGGUCACCGUCUCUUAACUCAACUAAUCGAUAUGAUUGAAAGCAUUUGCCUUUGUUCUUGCUAUAUUUCAUGUUUUUGCCAGGUUUUAUGAAGAAAUUUUUCAAAACGUUUCGAAGCCCUCUGUUUGGAC